UGUAAACUGAUGGACCAGGUUUUCAGUUGGAAGGACAAAUUUGUAAACUGAUGGACCAGGUUUUCAGUUGGAAGGACAAAUCUGUAAACUGAUGGACCAGGUUUCUAUUUGGAGGGACAAGACUGUUACUUGUUAAAUCAGGUUUCACAGUUGGAGGGAAAAAUACGUAAAUUGAUUAAGUUCUCAGUUUUAGGGACAAGAAUGUAAAUUGAUGGGCCUUUUAGCAUUGAGUGACUAAGAAAGUUUCGCCAGGUUUAGGACCUACUAAGGAAAAAAGUACACUUUGUAUUGUAUAAAUCGCAUCCAAAUAACAAAAAAUACCUAAUAUAGUAAUGCACUCAGUCUGUGUGUUUGUGGGGAGAGAAUUUUUACAUUUAAGGGGGUGGGUCGCUCCCCAUCCACCCAUUUUCUACGCCCCUGCCUAUGAUAUAGUAUGGGAAUCAAUCUUAACAUGUGGCUUCUUUUGCACUUUUCAAUACUCGAUAAUAAGUACUGGGGAUAAAGUUUAUUAAAGUCUGUAACAUAGCAACCUGUAUUUCAAAAUUUGCGUUCUGAUUCUUCAGAGGUACAGAAAAAUACACGUGUUUUUUUCUCCGGUGUUAAUUUAUGGUGUAUUACUAGGUAACGACAUAGUUAUUUCCAUUGUACAUGCUGAGAACGUGUUGGAAAAAACACAUUUAAUGUUAAAAUGAAGAAUUUCGAAUUUAAGAAUCAAAGAAAGAUAAAUCGGAAAGGAACGAGUGCUAGUUAAAACAUUAAAAAUUAGAAAACAAAAAUUAUUUGUAAUGUAGCUAAUAAUUUUGAACACUGUAGCAACGAAUUCAAGAAUUGUAAAAAAAUAUACCAAGAAAAAAAAGAAGGAGUUAUCAUUUCCCAAAGAAGAAACGUUUGAAUUCAAAAUGAAGACUAAAUCUUACAGAUUUCUAAUCAUAUUUUUUGUUUUGGUCUUGAUGUUUGCCUCGUUUAUUAACAUCACUACAUUUUUGUGGAGUAUGAACAAAAUGAAGCGCGAACUGUAUUCGAGGAAACUUUUGGAUAUCUAUGUAAGGAGCUUUAUAACAGAUGAAGUGAAUCAAGAAAAUUACGAGAAUAAACUUGAAAAAUUAAAAGAAGAGUUACAACAACAUGAGCUAGGAGACAGAAAGAAAGAUGAUUAUGUUAAACAGGAUACAGUGGACUCGCAAGAAGAUUUUAAGCAUGCUUAUCACAACGAAGUUGCCACAAAAUCACAAGAUAAGUUAAAAGAUUUAAAGUAUGUUGCUGAAAUGAAGGAAAGUGCUCGCCUUGAUGCGUUAACUCCAAUAGAACGACAAAAAGAAAAGGUUAUAACGGUUAAACCAAGCUUAGCGUUAACUGGAAGUAAUUUUCAAAUCGUGGAUGUCAUCAAAAAGGAGAAGUUACGUACAAACUCUAUGUCUGGUAGUUUAGAAAAUACACAAGCAGAUAAGUUGUCGCAAAUGGAUACAAAAAAAGAGCUGAAAAAGGAGACAAAUGUGUUGUAUUCUGUCAAGCCUACCGUGUUAAAUAAUUCUCCAACAACAAGCCGACAUCCCACAAAUCACUCACCAUCCCCAACUUUGUUAACCACAAAAGAAAGCAUGUUAUUUUGGCGCGAAAAUUUUUUACAUUCAUUUGAUAAAGGACUAUGCUCUGAUUGGUGGAGCGAUGUGGAGAUAAAAAGAGAGACUCAUUCAGUCAAAUGGCAUCCGUUAUUUCCAGACAGACCACAGCAUACUAGCAUAGCAAAAAGUCUGACUGAUCGAGACAUUGUUUCUAAAGCUUAUGUAAGAAGACUGUACGGUUUUUUGUUUACAAACCAAACCGCCAUGUUUGAAUUUAAAUUAAGUUCCAGGGACGGUUUAGAGUUUAUAUUGGUCGACACAGGAAUGAUGUUUCAGGAUUUUACUACUGGCUACAACGUUUCUAUGGGAACACCUGUUUUGUAUUCCUACUUCAACGUGACGGAAAUGCAAAGACAAGACAAAAUCAUACCUGACUAUGCUUUGUUUUCCUUGGAUAAACGAGUCAAAUUACAUACAAAUCGAGUAUAUUUCGUGGAAGUUCUUCAGGGAGGUCUAGCAUAUGGAAAAAUGGACAUAAAAUGGCGGACUGGGAACGAGUCUUUUGAAGAAAUUGACCAAAGGAAUCUGCUCCAGGCUAAGUGUAAUAAAAUACAAAACAGAAAUGGCUCAAAAUCACUACUCUCUAAAAUAAAAAAACCACAUAUCAAAUACCCUCCAAAACAAAAGGAAAUUAACAGAAUGAAAUUCCAUGAAAUACCAAUCUUAAAUACAGAGAAUAUAUACAAAAAUUCUACUAUCAUUUGUGAGCCUGUUACACGAAAUCAUGUCAAAAUCGUGUACGAAUAUUACGGUAAAGAUUACCUCGAUCGACAAAUUGUUUUUCCUAAAGAAUAUUUUAAUUAUACCGGCGGAUGGCCAACCAAGCACCUGCUUUUAAACGAAACAGAGGCUAUUUUAAUAGCAGAGAAACUUGUAAAAGAAAUUCAACAUCAAAUGAACAGAUCUUUCAAAAUACAGAAUAUCGUACACAUUCAGAAGAAUUUAAACCAGCAAUUUAUUCCCUAUUCGCAAUGGAAGCAGACUCAUUACUUUGUUGAACUUGAUGUUCUCUCUGUCGAUGAUCAAAAGAUAUACAGAACGACACAUUUUGUUCGUCAUGAUAAAACACAGAACAGAAUCUGCUUCAUGAAGAACUAUCAAUGGAAGCCAAACGUGACCGUUAAUAUACUCACUCCAGUUAAAAACCAAGCGGUGUGGGUACAUCAUUUGUUGAAGAGUCUAGAAACCAUUAUCAUAAAAACUAACGAAAAAAACAUCCGAUUAAUUCUGAUUGACUACAAUAGUACCGAUGCAAAUAUUCGUGACAUUCUAACAUCGUACCACGUACCAUUUAAACUGGUGAAAGUUGAAGGGAGUUUAUUCAACAAAGUGAAAUCGUUGAAUAUUGCUCUUAGUCACGUGACCAACGAUGAGAUCGCUUUCGUGUUAGAUUUACACUUGGAAUUACCGUUGAAUUUAUUCGACAGAAUACGUAAGCAAACAUUUCAAGGCUUUGCUGGUUUUUCUCCCACCUUGUUGAAAUUUUUCCCUGGACAGCAUGAACAAUACACGGAGUUCAACCAAUCACCACCUCUCUGGGUUGAUGACGGCUUUGGUAUGAUGGCUUUGUAUAAAUCAGACUGGGACGUAAUAGGAGGUAUGAACGAAGAAAAGUUUGGUACAUCAUGGGGAGGUGAAGAUUGGGAGUGUGUCGAUCGACUAGUGAAGAAUGGGUAUUACUUGUUUCACAACCGAUUGCCUCGUUUUUACCACAUCUUUCACCAUAACCAUGCCACAUGGGAUGGAAAACACAUAUAGAAGAACAUUCGAGUUUUAUCGCUGCGAGUGAGCUCCGGAAAAUUAAAAUUUAAGUGGAAAAUAAAUUAUUUUUUUACAAAUUCGUUCCAAGGAUUUCUUGUUGUUGCGUUGAACAAGGCGCUGAGGACGAGAUGAAAAAAACAAAGUCUAUUUAUUUGAUAAUUUAUUUAUUUAUUUUAUCUAAGACAAAGAUAAAACAGUUCUGUUCUGAAACAUAGAAGAACGGCUUUAGAAUUUAUCAUUAGAGACCACUAGUUAAAUUUCCUUCGUUCUUUUGUGUGUUUAUAUCAUAUCAAUUUCGUUUCCAGGGUCUAUCUACGCUUAUCACAUUUUGUCCUCACGUUAGCAUAUCCUAGGUGUGAAAGACCUUGGGUAUAAGGUUCGGUUCUUGUAGAAACGAAAUAACCUAAAAAAUAAUUACAAAAAAAAACAACUCACAAAACAAUCCUUGUGAUAUUCUCACUGCAAAUUAAAAUAAAUAAAAGCAUUUUUAUGCAAAAAUUUUUUGAUGUCGUUUAAAUCUAAUUCUUCUUAUCACAAUGAAAUUAUUCAAAAAACCUUUCCUUUUUUUACCUCACAAGAGUAACCUUGCUCCCAGGAGUUCCUGCCUUUUUGACCUUGAAGCCGGGGACAAAGAAACUGUCAAGCAAACGCCAGCGGCUUUGACAUCAGGAAACAAAUCCUGCAAACAACGAUGUUCAAAAGUGAAAAAAUAAAAAUAUGGUUGUUGUUAAUAUGGACAAACCAAGUUUCGAAUAGUGGUCAGAGCAAAAUUGCAAUACAUGCACAUUUUGUACCGAGUAUUCGCAUAGUAACUCUUCAGUUAACUCGCUAAUCAACUCGCCAGUUAACUCGCCAGUUGUGGACAACAGUAAAGUAGUAUUAAUAGUUAGCUUUAUCAUUAUUACAUAACUUUUGAAAUAAAGAAAUUUUAUCAUGUAUCAAAGAAAUCAUUGUCUUCUUAUAAAAUAUCUUUUUGUUUUUAUCUUUUAAUAUUACAAGUUCGUGCUUUUCA